AGUUUCCAACGUUUUCUGCCCGCUGUCAAUUUUCGUCAAAACUUCCUUUAUUUUUCGCGAAAAGUUUAGCCGGUGGAAAUUUAUUAACUAAAAAGUGUUCAAAGGUUAUAACAAAGAAGAAUAAGAAUUGUAACAGAAUGCAAUGAUAUUGACAGUUGUUGUAUAUAAUCUAAUUGGUCUUGGUAUUCUAACCUCUCUUGGUUAAUGGGAAAUUUAAAUCGACAUAUAAUGCGAUUUCUCGUCUGAUUUCUCCUGCAACUGAAUAAUAAACGAUAUUUCUGUUGCUUUUGCGGUACAAUGUAACGAAAACAAUUGCGUGACUCCGACGUUUUAGGUGUAAUUGUGAUAACAUAACCUCCAAAGUACUAGGGGUAUUUCGAGAGCAGUGCAUUGUUACUGCUAUUGUUGCAUUUAAAAAUAAAAAUAAGUAAAAGGAGAAUUACGAGAAAUAGGUGGGAGAAUUAUUGAUUGAAAUGAGUGAAGACAGUUCAUAUGUACAGAAUAAGGAACGAGUUGAAGUUUCUUCUAACGAUAAUGCAGAUCAGUGUCUUGAUGACAAACUUAACGGUGACCAGUCUGGUGAGACUGUGAAAUCAAAGACGAAGUAUGAGGUUCCUACAAAAGUUAUAAAGGAAAAACCUAAGGUACGGAGUAGAAUAGAUGAAGAACAAAUCGAAGAAUUUGAUACCGAUGAUGAGGAAGAAGAAAAGAAAGAUGAAGAAGAAGAAGAAGAAGAGCAUACAGGUUCUCAAAGUGAUAAGCCAUUAACUUGGAAUGCUCAGCUAAAUAAGUGGGUACCAAGCUCGGACAGUUCUACCUCACAAGCACCAGGAAAUGAAGAUGAUCCUUCAAAGCAUUAUGAGUUUGACGGUCAAACCUAUUUGUAUACAGACAAAGUUAGUAAUAUAACAUAUAAAUUUGACCAGGAGAAGAAUGAAUGGGUCGUGAAACAAUCGGAGAGUUCUGGUACAAAUACUCAAGAUGUACAAGCAACUGGUCCUGCCGUAGCAGCACCUGGUGGUGUUUACGGCUUUGAGAAUGACACUCAUACAUACACAGAUCCAAGCGAUGGAAGCAUGUACAUAUGGGACCGAGAAAAGAGCGCUUGGUUUCCCAAGGUGGACGAGGAUUUUAUGGCCAGGUAUCAAAUGGGAUAUGGCUUCACAGAUCCAGAACAAGCUAAAAGUGCAUCUCCACCAAGACCCGUGAAACCUGUCCUCUCGAAAGCAGAAAAGGAGGAAAAGAAAGCAGAAGCUAAAAGAAAAGCCCAGGAACCACCGACUUGGUUCGAAGUAGACGAAGCUCAUAACACAGCAAUCUAUGUAUCUGGUUUACCAUUGGAUAUAACAUUGGAUGAACUCACAGAACUUUUCUCCAAGUGCGGACUCCUUGCACGGGACGAGAAGGGGAAAGACAAGAUUAAAUUGUACAGAGACGCACAGGGGGCGCCAAAAGGGGAUGCAUUGUGUACUUACAUAAAGGUGGAAUCCGUGGAGUUGGCCUUGAAGAUCCUAGACGGCAGCCAGCUGAGAGGGAAGACUUUGUCAGUCCAGAGGGCGAAGUUCCAGCUGAAGGGGCAGUACAAUCCGGGGUUGAAACCGAAACGCAAGAAGAAGGACAAGGAGCGGCUAAAGAAGAUACAAGAAAAACUCUUCGAUUGGAGACCGGAACCGAUGCGAGGCGAGCCCUUGAAAUGCGAACGCGUGGUCAUAAUAAAAAAUCUCUUCUCCCCGGAGGAUUUCGACAAGGAGGUCGCAUUGUUGCUCGAAUACCAGCAAGACAUCCGCUCGGAAUGCCAAAAAUGCGGGGACGUGCGAAAGGUGGUCAUUUACGAUAGACAUCCGGAAGGCGUCGCUCAAGUGACGUUCCGAGAGCCAUCGGAAGCGCAGACGUGCAUUCAACUAUUGAACGGCCGUUGGUUCAGUCAGAGAAAAAUAUCGGCUGAAAUCUGGGAUGGAAAGACCAAGUACAAAGUGCGGGAGACGGAAGAAGAAGUGGAGGCGAGGUUGGACAAGUGGGACAAGUUCUUGGAGCAAGAGGAAGACAAGAAAGAAGCGGCGGCCUUAAAAGCUAAAGAAUCCACCUAAAAAGAAGUACCGUUCAAUCGGUCUCCGAGGGGACAUCAAUUAAGCGAGAGCAGUCUUAGAACAAGUGACGAUUUGUCGAAGUCUAAGGCGAAUUAAAUCGAUUAACAGGAGUCGUCGCGAUUACGAUUACCGACCGCGUCGCUCCUUCGAUAGCUUUUAACUCUAGCCGUAAAAUGAAGUUAAACGCCCGAUCGCUGCUACAUUAGUAACGUCGUGACACAAUGUAGACCACAAGGGAUAAUAAAGACAAAUAAUUUUGA